AAACAUUUCCCCCGCGCUAAGGUUCCGGGUGUGAUUGACCAAAGCCACCGACUCUCUUAAAGACAGUGGCAGAAUCAGAACCCGCGGCCCUGCGGCGUCUUAACCAACCGAACCGAACCGAACCCAGCCCUGCAGAACCCGCGGAGGCGAUGUCGACACCGUGAGACAUACAGAGAGACAGACUGAGUGAGAGACAGACAGCUGGAGAAGGAUGGAGAGCGAGGAACCGUCCCCCCCGUUCCGCGUGUCCUCCACCGUGGCGGCGCUGCGGUUCGCUCUGCGGAGAGACGCGGAGAACCACGCCGAGGCGGAGCGCGCUGACAGCGGGGAGAGGAGCGCCGGAGACCGUGACAAGCUCUGGUUUAAAGAGAGCAGCGCUAAGAACCUCCGGAACCGGGACUUCCUGGCGCCCAACACGGUGCUGAGCACGCUGUACGCCGGCGGACAGGUUCCGUCGGCGGUUCUGAGCCGGAUCCGGUCUCUCUGUGGUGCCGGUGUUUUGCCGGUGUCGGGGUGCGAGGUGACGGCGGAGGGUCUGCGGGUUUCUGUGAGCCGCAGUGAAGCUUUCGGAGGGGUUCUGUGUGGAAUGACUGCGUACCUGAGACCUGCGGCUCAAAGACAGGGGCGUGUCCUCAUCAACUGCCCCGCCCUGCACGCCAAACAGGCCCCGCCCACCCCAGACUCGCUCACACUGGGGCAGCUUCGCACCGUUCUCAUCGCUGAUCACAUCGCAGCCCUGCUCCGGAGACAGGGUUACUCCGUGUCCUUCUGUCCGGCCUUGCCUGAAGAAAGUGACAUCAUCAGCUUCCUCAGGACGCUGGGCAUCGAUUGGCCGGCCGCGUCCGUGAGCUGGACCAAUGAGGAGCGAGAGGAGGAGAUGAGGAGCGUGCUGGAGAAGUGUAUCUACAGAGAGAGGGAGGGGGAGCGGUGGAAGAGGGGGAGCAGAGGGGAGGAGAUGGAGGGAGUUGAUGGAGGGAUGAAGGAAGAACUGAAGAUAAAUCUGAAGCGAGUGAUGGAGGAGGUGGAGCUGCAGGGGUACGACCCCAGUCUGGGUACCUGCACAGUGCAGAGGGAGGCGUUGUGUCACCUGGCUCACCUGGACAGAGCUACGGCAGAUUUCCCAGUGUCGAUGGCCACAGUGCUGCAUGUCACUUCCUGUCAGGAUGAGUUCCGCCAGCAGCAGACGGCCAUGCUGUGGAGAGCGACAGGAGCCACAGCCACACAGAGGCUGGUAAUCUGUGGUCCAGUAAAGACUCCAGGCACUCAGAUGAGUUCAGCUCAGUAUCUACAGUUAAGAAGAGCUCAGAUGAAGGAGGCGUCAGAAAUGAAGUAUGGAGAUCAGGUGGAAGGUCAGACGUGGGAUGACAUCAUCAGGGUGAUGACCUGUGCUACAGUUCGGUUUGAGCUGCUGUCCACUGUUCACACCAGCCCAGUCACUCUUGAUGUGCAGCGUGAAGGGGGUGUGUCCACUAAGGGCCCGAGGGGCGGAGUUUUCGUUAUGUAUAACUGUGCUAGACUGCACACUUUAUUCAGCAGCUAUGAGAAAGGAGUGGAGCAAGGUCUCUACCCAGAAGUCCCUGCAGGAACAGAGCUGGAUUUCUCUGCUCUGAAGGAGGAGGGGGAGUGGCUGCUUCUCUUUAAUUACCUCAUUCCAUUCUCUGAGCUUGUGGACCAAUCAGCACAGGCCCUGGAGGCGGAGGGGGGAGGGGCCAGAGUUAAUUUAAGAACUGAACAGGUCUGCAGAUUCCUGGUGUCUCUCAGUAAAGACUUCAGUUCCUACUACAACAGAGUUCAUGUGCUCGGGGAGCCGUUACCUCACCUCUUUAAUCAGAUGUUCUGCAGGUUGUUUUUGCUCAGAGCUCUGAGAGAACUUUACCACAGCGCCCUGCACUCCCUCAACCUGCCCCCCAUCCCACAGCUAUAGUCCCCAAUCAAUCAAUCAAUAAUCAAUAGAGAACAACCCCUCUUCCACUGGUCUGCAGAUCCAUUUCAGCUUUUAAAUACCUCAGAAUACCCGGUUUACACCUGAAUACGACCAAACCACAUUAAAAUCCACCCAAACUAAUCCCAGAAAAUAUUUAAUGUCUUAUUAGGAUAUAAUCCAGAUACCUGUCAGGUAAUAUAUAUGAGACUAAUCACAGGAAUAAACAGGGUUUAGAUUAGUAGAUUAUGUUUCGCACUAUAAAGCGCACUGGAUUAUAAAAAUAGGGGUAGAUUAAAUAAAUUAAAAAAAGCUAAGCUUAGUGAACAAAACUGUAAAUCUC